GUUCCGGUUUCAAAGCCUCACGUUGCCUUGGCCUCCUCAACUGUGCUGGAGCUGAGUGAAUAUUUCUCUUUCAAUUGUUCCCACGAGAAUGGCACUAAGCCCUCCUAUACAUGGAUGAAGGACAACAAGCCUCUUAGCAAUGACUCUCGGCUGAUCCUCUCCCAUGACCAGAAGAUCCUCACCAUCACUAGAGUUCUGAUGGCCGAUGAUGACACUUACAGCUGCCUGGUAGAGAAUCCCAUCAGCAAAGGACAAAGUGCGCCUGUAAAACUGACAGUGUACAGAAGAAGCUCCCUCUAUAUAAUCCUGUCCACUGGGGGAAUUUUCCUUCUGGGUACCUUAGUGACUGUCUGUGCCUGCUGGAAACCAUCCAAGAAGUAUGAACCUGAAUGCAUAUUAUCUAUAACUUAA